AUGGUUCAAGAACAAAGACUCUUAAUCUUCUUCAUCAAAAAUCACUCUUCCCUCUCUUUCACUCAACAGCGCGGCUCUCAACUUGCUUCACCGUUCAACCACUUCGCCGUCUUGGCCUUAUAUCCUCCGUAUUCUCUGCUUCUCUUCACCCAGUACCUCACUGAUUCCUUCGCGACUGCUUCGUCCUCUCCAUCUCAAAUCUUUGUUCCACCCAUCUCUUUGUCUUCCUUUCGAUUCACAAAACCUUCUUCGUUCAACACCGCUUCAUAUGAUCGAUUCGAACACAACAACGCAAAACAACCACGGAUACACACAGGGCAGAAGAAUACUCGACUUUAA